CGCGGCGGCGGGGGGGGGGGCGGGAAGCGGGCGGUGCCGCUCGCUCAGCUCCCCUCAGCGUCGCGGGGCCGCCGCGCUGCUCCUGCCCGCGCAAAGGUGACGCAGGAGUGGGGACAGCCCAGCCGCCACCAUGGUUGCCCUCUCACUGAAGAUCAGCAUUGGCAAUGUGGUGAAGACGAUGCAGUUUGAGCCCUCCACCAUGGUGUACGACGCUUGCCGGAUGAUCCGUGAGCGGGUGCCUGAGGCACAGAUAGGACAGUCCAAUGAUUUUGGGCUCUUCCUCUCGGAUGAAGACCCAAAGAAAGGGAUCUGGCUGGAGGCUGGGAAGGCUCUGGACUACUACAUGCUUCGCAAUGGAGAUACCAUGGAGUACAAGAAGAAGCAGCGGCCCCUGAAGAUCCGCAUGCUGGAUGGGACAGUGAAAACGGUGAUGGUAGAUGACUCCAAAACAGUCACGGACAUGCUCAUGACAAUAUGUGCCCGGAUUGGCAUCACCAACUAUGAUGAGUACUCACUUGUACGGGAGAUCAUGGAAGAGAAGAAGGAAGAGGUUACUGGCACCCUCAAGAAGGACAAGACCUUGCUGCGAGAUGAGAAGAAGAUGGAGAAGCUCAAGCAGAAAUUGCACACAGAUGAUGAAUUGAACUGGCUGGAUCACGGCCGGACCCUGCGGGAACAAGGCAUCGAUGACAAUGAAACACUGCUGCUGCGGCGCAAGUUCUUCUACUCUGAUCAGAACGUGGACUCAAGAGAUCCUGUGCAGCUCAACCUGCUCUAUGUGCAGGCUCGUGAUGACAUCCUGAACGGUUCCCACCCUGUCUCCUUUGACAAAGCCUGUGAGUUUGCUGGCCACCAGUGCCAGAUCCAGUUUGGGCCAUACAACGAGCAGAAGCACAAGCCAGGCUUUCUGGAACUCAAGGAUUUCCUGCCCAAGGAGUACAUCAAGCAGAAAGGAGAACGCAAGAUCUUCUUGGCCCACAAGAACUGUGGGAACAUGAGUGAGAUCGAAGCCAAAGUUCGCUAUGUGAAACUUGCUCGUUCCCUCAAGACCUACGGGGUCUCCUUCUUCUUGGUCAAGGAGAAGAUGAAGGGGAAGAACAAGCUGGUGCCACGGCUGCUAGGGAUCACCAAGGAGUGUGUGAUGCGCGUGGACGAGAAGACCAAGGAAGUGAUUCAGGAGUGGAGUCUGACCAACAUCAAGCGUUGGGCAGCCUCUCCCAAGAGCUUCACCCUGGAUUUUGGAGAUUACCAGGAUGGUUACUACUCAGUGCAGACGACAGAAGGGGAACAGAUCGCCCAGCUGAUUGCUGGAUACAUUGAUAUCAUCCUCAAAAAGAAAAAGAGCAAAGAUCACUUUGGACUGGAGGGUGAUGAGGAGUCCACUAUGCUGGAAGACUCUGUGUCUCCAAAGAAGUCAACAGUUCUGCAGCAGCAGUUUAACCGUGUAGGCAAGGCGGAGCUGGGCUCUGUGGCCCUGCCGGCCAUCAUGCGGACAGGGGCUGGAGGGCCAGAAAACUUCCAGGUGGGCACAAUGCCACAGCCUCAGCUGCAAAUCACCAGUGGCCAGAUGCACCGAGGACACAUGCCUCCUCUGACCUCCGCCCAGCAAGCCCUGACCGGCACUAUCAACUCCAGCAUGCAGGCUGUGCAUGCAGCCCAGGCCACGCUAGACGACUUCGAGACCUUGCCACCUCUUGGGCAGGAUGCUGCAUCAAAAGCUUGGCGCAAAAACAAGAUGGAUGAGUCGAAGCAUGAGAUCCACUCCCAAGUGGAUGCCAUAACUGCUGGCACAGCCUCAGUCGUCAACCUCACUGCAGGGGAUCCAGCAGACACAGACUACACUGCCGUUGGCUGCGCUGUCACCACCAUCUCUUCCAACCUGACGGAGAUGUCUAAGGGUGUGAAACUGCUGGCUGCACUGAUGGAGGAUGAGGGAGGGAACGGGCGGCAGCUUCUGCAGGCAGCCAAGAAUCUGGCAAGCGCUGUCUCAGACCUACUGAAAACAGCACAGCCUGCCAGCGCUGAGCCUCGCCAGAAUCUCCUGCAGGCUGCUGGCCUAGUGGGACAAACCAGCGGGGAGCUGCUGCAGCAGAUAGGGGAGAGUGAUACUGACCCCCGGUUCCAGAUCCCAGAAAACCGGUGUGCUUGGAGCUUGCCUGCCUCUGAACCAAAGACGGACAUGCUUAUGCAGCUGGCAAAGGCGGUGGCCAAUGCUGCUGCUGCACUGGUGCUCAAAGCCAAGAAUGUGGCUCAGAAAACAGAGGACGCUGCACUGCAGACACAAGUGAUCGCAGCGGCCACCCAGUGUGCCCUCUCCACCUCCCAGCUGGUGGCCUGCACCAAGGUUGUGGCUCCCACAAUCAGCUCCCCAGUUUGCCAGGAACAGCUGAUUGAGGCUGGCAAGUUGGUGGCCAAAUCGGCUGAGGGCUGUGUGGAGGCCUCUAAGGCAGCCACCAGUGAUGACCAGCUCCUGAAGCAGGUGGGGGUGGCAGCCACGGCUGUCACCCAAGCCCUGAACGACCUGCUGCAGCACAUCAAGCAGCAUGCCUUGGGUGGGCAGCCCAUCGGGCGCUACGACCAGGCCACUGACACCAUCCUCAAUGUCACCGAGAAUAUAUUCAGCUCCAUGGGUGAUGCAGGGGAAAUGGUGCGUCAGGCUCGUAUUCUGGCCCAGGCCACCUCUGACCUUGUCAAUGCCAUCAAAGCUGAUGCUGAGGGAGAGACAGACCUGGAGAAUUCACGCAAGCUUCUGAGUGCAGCUAAGAUCCUGGCUGAUGCCACUGCCAAGAUGGUGGAGGCUGCAAAGGGAGCUGCAGCCCACCCGGACAGCGAGGAGCAGCAGCAGCGGCUGCGUGAGGCAGCAGAAGGGCUCCGCAUGGCAACCAAUGCUGCAGCCCAGAAUGCCAUCAAGAAGAAGCUUGUGCACAAGCUGGAGCACGCAGCCAAGCAGGCUGCUGCCUCGGCCACGCAGACCAUCGCUGCCGCACAGCACGCCUCGUCCUCCAACAAGAACCCUGCCGCGCAGCAGCAGCUGGUGCAGAGCUGCAAGGUGGUGGCAGAGCAGAUCCCAAUGCUGGUGCAAGGUGUGCGAGGAAGCCAGUCCCAGCCAGACAGCCCUAGCGCCCAGCUGGCUCUCAUUGCGGCCAGCCAGAACUUCCUGCAGCCUGGUGGUAAGAUGGUAGCUGCAGCCAAGGCCACCGUCCCCACCAUAACGGACCAAGCCUCUGCUAUGCAGCUCAGCCAGUGUGCCAAGAACUUGGCCGCAGCUCUGGCUGAGCUCCGCACAGCUGCCCAGAAGGCUCAAGAGGCAUGCGGACCCUUGGAGAUAGACUCUGCACUGGGUCUGGUGCAGAGCCUGGAGAGGGACUUGCAGGAAGCCAAGGCAGCUGCCCGUGAUGGCAAGCUCAAGCCUCUGCCAGGAGAGACGAUGGAGAAGUGUGCCCAGGACCUGGGGAACAGCACCAAAGCUGUCAGCUCUGCCAUUGCUCACCUUUUGGGAGAGGUGGCCCAGGGCAAUGAGAACUACACAGGAAUUGCUGCCCGGGAAGUGGCUCAGGCCCUGCGCUCACUCAGCCAGGCUGCCCGUGGUGUGGCAGCCACCACCUCCGACCCUCAGGCACAGAGUGCCAUGCUGGAGUGCGCCAGUGAUGUCAUGGACAAAGCCAACAACCUUAUUGAGGAGGCCCGGAAAGCAGUGGCCAAGCCUGGUGACCCAGAGAGCCAGCAGCGCCUGGCCCAGGUGGCGAAAGCAGUGUCACAGGCCCUGAAUCGCUGUGUUAACUGCCUGCCAGGGCAGCGGGACGUGGAUGCUGCCAUCCGCAUGGUGGGAGAAGCCAGCAAGAGGCUGCUUUCGGAUUCGUUCCCUCCCAGCACUAAGAGCUUCCAGGAGGCGCAGAGCCAGCUGAACCAGGCAGCAGCAGGGCUCAAUCAGUCUGCCAAUGAGCUGGUGCAGGCAUCGCGUGGCACCCCUCAAGACUUGGCCAAGUCCUCUGGCAAAUUCGGACAUGACUUCAAUGAAUUCCUGCAGGCAGGAGUGGAGAUGGCCAGCCAGUCCCCGAAUAAGGAGGACCAAGCACAGGUGGUGUCGAACUUGAAGAGCAUUUCCAUGUCCUCCAGCAAGCUGCUGCUGGCUGCAAAGGCUCUCUCUGCUGAUCCUGCCGCCCCCAACCUCAAGAAUCAGCUGGCAGCAGCAGCACGGGCUGUGACUGACAGCAUUAACCAGCUGAUCACCAUGUGCACCCAGCAGGCCCCAGGCCAGAAGGAAUGUGACAAUGCCCUGCGGGAGCUGGAGACGGUGAAGGAACUGUUGGAGAACCCCACCCAGACUGUCAAUGACAUGUCCUACUUCAACUGCCUUGACAGUGUCAUGGAGAACUCCAAGGUGCUGGGAGAGUCCAUGGCUGGCAUCUCCCAGAAUGCCAAGAACAGCAAACUGCCCGAGUUCGGCGACUCCAUCAGUGCCGCUUCCAAAGCUCUCUGUGGGCUAACAGAGGCAGCUGCCCAGGCUGCCUACCUUGUGGGGGUCUCAGACCCCAACAGCCAGGCUGGACAGCAGGGCUUGGUGGACCCCACUCAGUUUGCUAGAGCUAACCAAGCCAUCCAGAUGGCCUGCCAGAACCUGGUGGACCCUGCCUGUACUCAGUCCCAGGUACUGUCAGCAGCCACCAUUGUAGCAAAACACACCUCAGCUCUGUGCAACACGUGCCGUCUGGCGUCCUCCCGGACUGCCAAUCCUGUGGCCAAGCGCCAGUUCGUCCAGUCAGCCAAGGAGGUGGCCAAUAGCACAGCCAACCUGGUGAAGACCAUUAAGGCCCUGGAUGGCGAGUUCAAUGAAGAGAACCGGGAGCGAUGCCGUGCUGCCACAGCCCCUCUCAUAGAGGCUGUGGAUAACCUGACAGCCUUCGCCUCCAACCCAGAAUUUGCCACCGUUCCUGCUCAGAUCAGCCCAGAGGGGCGCAGAGCCAUGGAGCCCAUUGUCAUUUCAGCCAAGACCAUGCUGGAGAGCUCUGCUGGCCUCAUUCAGACUGCUCGCUCUCUGGCUGUCAACCCCAAGGACCCACCACAGUGGUCAGUGCUUGCUGGCCACUCACGCACAGUCUCAGAUUCCAUCAAGAAGCUGAUCACCAACAUGAGGGACAAAGCUCCAGGACAGCGGGAGUGUGAUGAGGCCAUUGAGGUCCUGAACAGAUGCUUGCGGGAGGUGGACCAGGCAUCCCUCGCUGCCAUCAGCCAGCAGCUGGCCCCCCGACAAGAUAUCUCCCAGGAGGCAUUGCACAAUCAGAUGAUCACAGCUGUCCAGGAGAUCAGCAACCUGAUCGAGCCUGUGGCUGCUGCAGCACGGGCUGAGGCCUCACAGCUGGGGCACAAGGUAUCCCAGAUGGCUCAGUAUUUUGAGCCACUCAUUAUGGCAGCUGUUGGCGCUGCCUCCAAGACACCCAACCACCAGCAGCAGAUGAACCUCCUGGACCAGACCAAAACACUGGCUGAAUCUGCCUUGCAAAUGCUGUACACAGCCAAGGAGGCCGGUGGGAACCCCAAGCAAGCUGCCCACACUCAGGAGGCUCUGGAAGAGGCUGUGCAGAUGAUGAAGGAAGCAGUGGAGGACCUGACCACCACCCUGAAUGAGGCAGCCAGUGCUGCAGGUGUUGUGGGGGGCAUGGUGGACUCCAUCACCCAAGCCAUCAACCAGCUGGACGAAGGGCCCAUGGGUGAGCCAGAAGGUACCUUUGUGGAUUACCAGACCACGAUGGUGAAGACAGCCAAGGCUAUUGCGGUGACUGUGCAGGAAAUGGUCACCAAAUCCACCACCAACCCAGAUGAGCUGGGCAUACUGGCCAACCAACUCACCCAUGACUAUGGGCAGCUGGCACAAGAGGCCAAGCCGGCUGCCCUCACUGCUGAGAAUGAGGAGAUCGGCUCCCACAUCAAGCGCCGGGUGCAGGAGCUGGGUCAUGGCUGUGCUGCCCUGGUCACCAAGGCUGGAGCCCUGCAAUGCAGUCCCAGUGAUGCCUACACCAAGAAGGAGCUGAUAGAGAGUGCACGCAAGGUUUCUGAGAAGGUAUCUCAUGUGCUGGCAGCUCUUCAGGCUGGGAACCGUGGGACACAAGCCUGCAUUACAGCAGCCAGUGCUGUCUCUGGCAUCAUCGCUGACCUUGACACCACCAUCAUGUUUGCUACAGCAGGAACCCUCAACCGGGAGAACUCUGAGACCUUUGCUGACCACAGGGAGGGCAUCUUGAAGACAGCCAAGGCACUGGUGGAGGACACCAAGGUGUUGGUGCAGAACGCCACGGCCAGCCAGGAGAAGCUAGCCCAAGCUGCCCAGUCCUCUGUGUCAACCAUCACCCGCCUGGCAGAGGUGGUGAAGCUGGGUGCUGCCAGCCUGGGAUCUGAAGACCCAGAAACCCAGGUGGUCCUGAUCAAUGCUGUGAAGGAUGUGGCCAAGGCACUUGGAGACCUUAUCGGUGCCACCAAAGCAGCUGCUGGCAAAGCUGGAGAUGACCCUGCUGUCUACCAGCUGAAGAACUCUGCCAAGGUGAUGGUGACAAACGUAACUUCCUUGCUGAAGACAGUGAAGGCUGUCGAGGACGAGGCCACGAAGGGGACACGGGCACUGGAGGCCACAAUUGAGCACAUCCGCCAGGAGCUGGCGGUGAGUAUGUGCGCGGUGCUGCGGCUGCCGCGCUGCUUGCCUGCCACCCCGCGCUCACCGCUGCCUCUCGCCUCGCAGGUCUUCUCCUCCCCGGUUCCUCCCGCCAAGGUCUCCACCCCAGAGGACUUCAUCCGCAUGACAAAAGGCAUCACGAUGGCCACAGCCAAAGCGGUGGCUGCUGGCAACUCGUGCCGCCAGGAGGACGUCAUUGCCACAGCCAACCUGAGCCGCCGGGCCAUCGCAGACAUGCUGCGCUCCUGCAAGGAAGCAGCCUACCACCCGGAGGUGAGCGGGGACGUGCGGCAGCGGGCGUUGCGCUUUGGCAAGGAAUGUGCUGAUGGCUACCUGGAGCUGCUGGAGCAUGUGCUGGUGAUCCUGCAGAAGCCAACCCAUGAGCUGAAGCAGCAGCUGGCAGGCUACUCCAAGCGCGUGGCCAGCUCUGUCACCGAGCUCAUCCAGGCAGCCGAGGCCAUGAAAGGGACAGAGUGGGUUGACCCAGAAGACCCCACUGUCAUCGCUGAGAAUGAGCUACUGGGGGCAGCAGCUGCCAUUGAGGCUGCAGCCAAGAAGCUGGAGCAGCUGAAACCAAGAGCCAAGCCCAAGCAAGCAGACGAGAGCCUGAACUUUGAGGAGCAGAUCCUGGAAGCUGCCAAAUCCAUUGCUGCAGCCACGAGUGCCCUGGUGAAAGCAGCCUCAGCAGCUCAGCGGGAAUUAGUGGCCCAAGGAAAAGUGGGUGCCAUCCCAGCCAAUGCAGUGGAUGAUGGACAGUGGUCCCAGGGUCUCAUUUCAGCUGCACGCAUGGUGGCUGCUGCCACCAACAACCUGUGUGAAGCUGCCAACGCUGCGGUGCAGGGCCAUGCCAGUGAGGAGAAGCUCAUCUCCUCUGCCAAGCAGGUGGCUGCUUCCACAGCCCAGCUUCUGGUGGCCUGCAAGGUGAAGGCUGACCAUGACUCGGAGGCCAUGAAGCGGCUCCAGGCCGCUGGAAAUGCCGUGAAGAGGGCAUCAGACAAUCUGGUGAAGGCAGCGCAGAAGGCAGCUGCCUUCCAGGACCAUGAUGAAACAGUGGUGGUGAAGGAGAAGAUGGUCGGAGGAAUUGCACAGAUUAUCGCCGCCCAGGAGGAGAUGCUGCGCAAGGAGCGGGAGCUGGAGGAGGCACGGAAGAAGCUGGCGAUGAUCCGGCAGCAGCAGUACAAGUUCCUGCCCUCGGAGCUGCGAGACGAGGAGCAGAACUGAGCCGCACGCCCUCCACUCACCGCACAGACUGCUGCCUGCCCACCUGCCCACUGCCUGCUCCUAUUUAAGACGACCCGCCACAAGCGAAGGGCUGUCUGGGCUAGACCAGAGCUCUGCCCGCACCCAGAGCAACGGGACUGACUCAGCUGCCCCUCCAAGCCAGUGCCGCACCAGCAACUCCGCUUCGCUGCCCAUCCCACCUUCCCAUGCACACCCAAGGCACAAUCAGAGCGCUCGGAGGGACUCGGUUGGGGUGGGAGCCGGGGCUGCACUGGCUCAGGGCUCACCCGCCAGCCCCGGGGUGCGGGCCCACAGAGCUCUCCACUGCAAGGGGAUAUUUACUUGUGCCUUCUUCCUUCCCUCUUGUGCCCCUUUUUUCUCUCUCCUCCACGCGGGAUGGGGACAGGCGGGUGGUUUGCCCUCUCCUGUGCGAUGGCAUGCAGGGAGCAGCCACCCCUCACAGAGUUCUCGUGUGGAACUGCCUUUCACCUCCAAUGCCUUAUUGCUGGCUGAAUCUUCCUCUACAGCUACCCCGGAAGGCCCUGAGUCCACCCCAUGAGUAUUUUCUUCAGCCCAGGCCCCUCUGGGGAGCAGCAAUGCCUCCACUCAGGAUGGGGGAUGAUGUGAUGAGUUCACCCCCAGAGUUGUUUUUUGCCUUCCUGCAGGGCUUCCCUCCAACUUCGGCCCCAGCCAGCUCUGCCUUCCUCCUUCUUCCCAAGUGCCUGCAUUGUUUUCCAAGAUCUGCAGUAUUUUUGUAACUUUUCCAUUUCUCUAGUAUUGAGCCUGCAGCUUUCAAAGUUCAUUUAUUUCCCUGCCAGCUUAUGCCCUUCCCACUAACACCCAGCUCUCGCCGGGGUCCCGUAGCCCAGCAUCCCACCCCUCCUCGGCUCUGGGACCCCCGUCCCUUCCCCUUUGCACUCGCUGAGGCUUCUCUCACUAUUUUGAUACUUUAAGCAUCCUAUAUUAAAGAUUGAAGGAAACCAGCUCCCCUCCAAGCCUCCGGGGUGGGGUGGGGGAUGCCAGUGUCUCCUCAGAAGGACGCAUUCAUCAAUAAAAUCUGGUUUUCCUGC